AUGGCCGACAUCACUGCCGUCGGUGAGGAGAACCCUUCUCCUACCCAGGACGACCUGCAGCAGGCCGCCGGUAACGGCGCCGCUGACAACCGCGGCACCAAACGCUCUCGCAUGAGCGCCGACGACGACGACGAUGACGAUGACAAGCCCGGUCGCGAGCGCCGAAAGAUUGAGAUCAAGUUCAUCCAGGAUAAGUCGCGUCGCCACAUCACCUUCUCCAAGCGGAAGGCGGGUAUCAUGAAGAAGGCCUAUGAGCUCUCCGUCCUCACAGGUACCCAAGUGCUCCUCCUGGUCGUGUCCGAGACCGGUCUCGUGUAUACCUUCACCACACCGAAGCUCCAACCGCUGGUGACUAAGGCGGAGGGCAAGAACCUCAUCCAGGCUUGCCUUAAUGCUCCGGAUCCUACUACCAACGAGAAUGGCGUCGAUGCGCCCGAGGUGCCGGCGGAGACGCCCGAGGAUGUGAGCCACAGCAAUGUUAAUCCCCAACAGUCGAAUAUCCCCCGUCCCGCCGGUAUGCACCCCGGCUACAUGACCAAUGAGCAACAACAGCAAAUGGCAUACUACCAGAACCUCCAGCAGCAGCAACAGCAGGCUGGAGGGCAGUAUCCCGGCAUGCCCGUGGGCAACCGGAUGCCGCCCCAGCACCAGCCCACUGCAUAA